AUGGCCAGCCAAUCCGACAUAGACGCCCAUCUGCAGGCAGUUGCGGCGCUCAAAGCUCAAGAGGCUUCCCAACGCUACGACCAUGCAGCGCUCACUGCCAUGACCGCGGAUGAGGCGCGCGCCAACACCAUUUUCACAAACAUGCGAGAUGCUGAAAGGGAAUCGCAAUGGGAGAAGGAGGGCGACCUGGCCAGCUUUGCCGGCAUGGACUUCUACGGUGCGCGCAAGAACGGUCUCGGGUCACCAUCGGACGUGUGGAACGCUGUGAGAAGGAUGCCGAAGGGUGCGCUGCUGCACUGUCACUUCGAUGGAACGGUGGACACGUCAUUUCUGCUGGAGCAUGCCAAGAAGACACCGGGGAUGGCGAUGAAGGCAGAUCGGGCGUUGACGAAGGAUUCGCUGUGGUCGGCGACCGUGGAGUUCUUGGUCCUGCCAGAGUCGGAGGAUCGAUCAAACGUCAGUAUUUGGUCGGAAGAGUAUGCGCCCGGGUCAUGGGUCAGCUUCGAGGCAGCGCGGGAGUCAUUCCCUUACCCUCACCCGUACGAGCUGGAUCAGGGCAGCUCACACGCUCACAUGCCGGCCUACAUGGAGCUCUCCAAGCCCGCCGCUCAGCCGAACGGAACCAGCGCACCUGGGUCCUCGAGCAAAGGCGACGCUUUCGACGCAUACGUACACUCGCUCAUGACGCUGACGCCGCACGAAGCAGUCCCAGCGAUCACCAACAGCAAGCAAGCCUGGUCCAAGUUCCAGUCGACCUUCGGCGUCAUUGCCGGUCUCAUCGGGUACGAGCCCACGCUCAAAGCCUACACCAAAGAGCUCGUCCUGUCGCAUGCUCGCGAUGGCAUCUCGUACACGGAAGCUCGGAUCAACUUCCUCACCGAAUUCAUGGUUCGUUCGGACGGGACACCGACGUUGACCCACGAGGAUUGGGUGCGGAUCUUCAUCGAGGCUGUCACGGAGGCGAAAGCCGAGCUUGGAGAGGGCGUCUUUGUGGAUGCCAAGAUCAUCUACACCACCGUCCGCUUCAUCGACAACGACAAGCUGCGGUGGUACCUUGAGGACUGCAUCUCGCUCAAGAAGCUCUUCCCCGAAUGGAUCGUGGGCUUCGACCUCGUAGGGCACGAAGACCCGCUUCUACCGCUCAAGCACUACAUCCCGGAGCUGCUCCGUUUUCAACACCGCUGCGCCGAGGAAGGUAUCUCGAUCCCGUUCGUCUUCCACGCCGGCGAGACGCUCACCGAUGGCGGCGACGCCGAUCUCAACCUCUACGAUGCGAUUCUGCUCAACACACGCCGAAUUGGACACGGCGUCUCCCUCGCCCGCCACCCGACCCUGACAGACCUUGUCAAGGAGAAGGACAUCUGCGUGGAAAUCUGCCCCAUCUCAAAUCAGGUCCUGGGGUACACGGCGAGCAUCUGCUCUCAUCCGAGUCUGCUCGCGCUGCUCAACAGAAACGUACCCGUCGCACUCAGCUCGGACGACCCGAGUAUCUUUGAGAACUUCGGCCUGAGCUACGACUUUUAUCAGCUGGUAAUCAGCUCUAAGAGCACAAGUCUGGUCUCGUUGGCCGCGCUCGCGAGGAGGAGCAUCAGAUACGCAUUGGUGGACGAUGAGGCCAAGCAGAGGAUGGUCGAGGAUUGGGAUAAGAGGUGGAAGAAGUUUGUAGGGUGGUUCUUGAAGGAGUACGGUCAUUUGGCUAGGCAGUGA